CAAUUCACUUAUUAAAACGCACGAACUCUAAGAAAUGGCAAGGCUGCUGUAAGUAGUCCAUAAAAAUGAGAGAGAAAAUAGUGACAGAAACAGAUUUUGUGCGGAGAAUCGGCCAGUUUAUUCACUGUGACUACAACAGCUACUUCGACUACUGGGGAAAAGGAACUCAAGUGACCGUAACAUCAGCAGUGCAAAGCGCCCCGAAAUCCCUGUUUCCCGUGUGGCAGUGCGGCUCGGCCACAGACGGUUUAAUCACUCUUGGCUGCGUCACGCGCGAUUUGGCCUCCGCCGACGGACUGAGCUUCAUAUGGAAGGAUGCGAGCGGGAGCGCGCUGACUGACGUCGUGCAAUACCCGGCGGUGCAAGCGACCGGAGGGUACACCUCGGUGAGCCAUGUGCGCGUCAAGGCUUCUGACUGGAACGGGAACAAGAAGUUCACGUGCGAAGUCAAAAAUGGCCUAGGAUCUAAAGACGCGUCCUUGCAAAAGCCAGUUGAGAGAGAGCUCCAUGCAUCUCUGCUUCUAACAACUCCAACCCAAACAGAAAUAGACAAUGGAACAGCUACCUUCAUCUGCUUAGCUACACCAUUUUCACCUAAAUCACACACAUUUAAGUGGACUCUUGAAAAGGCAGACAUCAGUAAUAAGGUCAAAGAGAACAUAGUAAGCCAGAAUAAAGGUAACUUCACUGCCAUAAGUGUUUUGGAACUCAGCGCCAGUGAAUGGACAAGCUCAACUUCUCCAGUUAAGUGUGAAUUCCAGCAGAAGAACCAUAAUGUGUUGAAAGAGGCGAGUUAUGCACCAGGUGACACAAAACAGCCACAGGUGAAAAUAAUUGGACCUUCCACCAAGGACAUUCUGGUCAAAAGAGCCGGCCAGCUCGAGUGCAGGGCCGAGGGAGACUUGGGUUUCAAGAGCAUUAAAUGGCUUAUUGGAAGUCAAGAGAUCUCUUCUCUAUCAGGACCAAAUGUAUCUUCGAAAACGACGGUUACACUCCAAACCCGCAUCAGUUUCGAAGAGUGGAGCGAUGGCACCGAAUUCACCUGUGAGGUGGAACAUGAAGCAUUCACUCAACAGUAUGAAAAAGUAUCCUUCAAAAGGGAAAAUGGCAAUCCGGAAUUCCCCAAGGUUUACUUGCUCGCUCCACCAGAGAGCUCUGGUGAAUCAGUGACCCUGACUUGCUAUGUUAAAGACUUCUACCCUAAGGAGGUGGCUGUGUCUUGGCUUGUUAACGAUAAACAAGUGGAAGAAGUGGGCGGCUAUGAGCAGAACACCACUGCAGUUAUCGACAGAAACAACCUCUUUUCAGUGUACAGCCAGCUGAUUAUCAAAACUGCAGACUGGAACAGUGGCAGUUUGUUCAGCUGCCUGGUUUAUCAUGAGUCCAUCAAGGACUGUGUGCGCCACAUAUCCAGAUCCAUCGCUAAAGAUUCAAAAACGCCCACCUUAGUGAAUCUCACCCUGACCAAUCCCCAAUCUUGCUCUACUGACGUAGUAAAUAUAUCCUCAAUUACUGUUUUAUCUGCAACAAGCCAAGACAUCCGGCCUCUCUCUUUCAUGUGGAGAACUUUUUCCACCAUUUUCCUUGAAGGGUUGGGGGUCACCGGUUUCAUGUUUUGCCUAUGGUCGACAGAGAUCUUCCACUAUGAGAUGGAGAUGGAUGAUGAUAACAUGGCAAACACUGCCUUAACAUUUGUAUUUCUCUUCCUCAUCACCCUCUUCUACAGCAUUGGAGUGACUGUUUUCAAGUUACUGUUUAUAGCUCAGCGUGUGACUGAGCCCAACAUCACCAUGAGCACCAGUACAAUGGACAACAACGUUAAUCUGCUUUGUUGGUUGGAUGGUUUUUCUCCGAAAAAAAUAAGUGUUGAGUGGUACAAGGGUAAUACGUUGCUCACAGAGAAAGCAACCAUGAAGAUAUUUGAAAGUCUCAACAAUGGAGAAAAGACGUUUGAUGCACUGAGCCAACUCAGCAUUAAUGCACAGCAAUGGAAUGAAGGCACAGAGUUCACCUGUAAAGCCACACACAACUCCAAGAUCUUCAGUCAAACAUGGAGCAAGUGCAAAGCUGAACCGACAUCCAAACCACUGAUACGUCUGGAGAAGCCUGGUCUCAUGUCAGUAUUGACAGAUUCAGAAGUAACAGCUUCCUGUGUUGUUGAAACUGUGCACAAUACCAGAGUGUCAUGGUUUGUAGAUGGAAGGGAAAACACAGACAGAGCCAUCUUGAAGACACUGGACGGGAGAACUGUUAGCAACCUGACUAUCUCUACAGACGAAUGGAAAAACUGGCAGACAAUAAAAUGCACCGCUGCACAUCUAUGUUUUGGCACAGUAGAGAAGACAAUUAAUAUUCUAGAACCUGUGCAGACAACUCCUACAGUGGUGAUCAGGAGGAAUCUGGCAGACAUACUGAAGGGAGACAGUGCAGUACUGGAGUGUGCUGCAAGAGAUCUGCCCUCUGGUGAGCUCUCGGUCAUCUUACAGGACAAUGGAAUAAAGGUCCUUGAACCUCAGUAUGUGGAUCUGCCCAAAGGAGUGGACAUUCUGACUGUACGCUUCACUGUUCCCACAACACUCAGAAACAAAAACCGAGGGUUCACCUGUCAGAUUCAGCAAAGCCGUUCCAAACAGUGGACGUCCAAUUCUAUAGAAAACCUUUUUGGUGACCCUUCAGUGGAACUUUCAGCUGUUUCCAGCACUGAUAACUCUGGAUCAAUUACACAAAAACUUAUUUGUUCUGGAACUGGAUUCAACCCACAAAUUAAGUGGCUCCAUAAAUCUGUGCCAAAUGCUCUUAAAGAAGUGAUGAUGCAAGGAGAUGGACGUGUGAAAGUAUCCAGUGAGAUAUUGGUUCAACAACAGGAGUGGAAUAAUGAUUGUGUAUGUGAGGUCAGUGAUCAGGAUAAUCUCAAACCUGUCCAGAAGAGCAUCAGAGUUUGUGCAGCUCAUUCAAAUGUCAAGCCACUGAUACGUCUGGAUAAACCUGGUCUCAUGUCAGUAUUGAAAGAUUCAGAAGUAACAGCUUCCUGUGUUGUUGAAACUGUGCACAAUACCAGAGUGUCAUGGUUUGUAGAUGGAAAGGAAAAAACAGACAGAGUCACCUUGAAGACACUGGCCGGGAAAACUGUUAGCAACCUGACUAUCUCUACAAACGUUUGGAAAAACUGGCAGACAAUAAAAUGCACCGCUGCACAUCCAUGUUUUGACACAGUAGAGAAGACAAUUAAUAUUCUAGAACCUGUGCAGACAACUCCUACAGUGGUGAUCAGGAGGAAUCUGGCAGACAUACUGAAGGGAGACAGUGCAGUACUGGAGUGUGCUGCAAGAGAUCUGCCCUCUGGUGAGCUCUCGGUCAUCUUACAGGACAAUGGAAUAAAGGUCCUUGAACCUCAGUAUGUGGAUCUGCCCAAAGGAGUGGACACUCUGACUGUACGCUUCACUGUUCCCACAACACUCAGAAACAAAAACCGAGGGUUCACCUGUCAGAUUCAGCAAAGCCGUUCCAAACAGUGGACGUCCAAUUCUAUAGAAAACCUUUUUGGUGACCCUUCAGUGGAACUUUUAGUUAUUUCCAGCGUGGAUAAAUCUGCAUCGGCGACACAAAAACUUCUUUGCGCUGCAACUGGACUUAACCCAAAGAUAAACUGGCUCCCUGAAUCUGAGGUAAAUGCUCUCAGUGCUCUCAGUAAAGUAACAGUGGAUUCAGAUGGACGUGUGAAAGUGUCCAGUGAGAUUUCGGUUCCACUGCAACAGUGGAAUAAUAGAGUUAUAUUUACCUGCCGAGUCAGCGAUCAGGAUCCUCUGAAACCUGUUGAGAAGAACACCAGUAUUUGUGCAGUGACUCCAGAUUUUGCUCAGAAGGCACAGGUUUACCUGUUGGCUCCCUCCAUCAGUGACAUGAGAGCAAAUGAUCAUGUCUCUGUCACCUGUCUGCUAUUGGGCCACAGGCUCAAUGACUUCUCGAUUGUUUGGAAAAUAGGAAAGGGCAUCACCUCUCAGGGUGUGACCACACAACCUCUCAGAGUCCACAGCAAUGGAACAGAGAGUAUCCAAAGUGUUCUAAAGGUUCCAGCUGCAAAGUGGAACGCAUACACAACUGUUUCCUGUGAAGUGACACACCUCUGCUCCACCACGAAAAUGGAGCACACCAUCUCUAAAACCAGAGCCCCAGACCGCAAAAGUCCCACCGUCCGAAUUCUCGGUCCCAGUGAUGACGAUCUGUCAGGAGCUCGUAACACAAAUCUUCUCUGCUUGGUCGACGGCUUCCGCCCUGCUGAUAUCUCUGUGCACUGGGAGCUGAAUGGCAGCCGGCUGGAUGCAUCUCAGUUCAUCAACAGUCCAGUCGGCAAAGCCUCUGAGUUGGGUGAUUAUUCCAUGCACAGUGCACUGAUAUUACCAGCAUCAAAAAGAGAGAACAGCACUUUUUCCUGUGUGGUCAGCCACGAGUCAUCUGAAAAGCCAAUCAGGAACUCGAUUAACAACAUAUACGCCUCUGUGACUGAAAAUGCUCCCUCUGUGGAGCUGCUGCAGGGUCAAAAUAAACUGGUGUGUCUGGUGUACGGUUAUAGCCCUUCAGCUAUUAAGAUCACCUGGCUCCUAAAUAGUGUGAGUGUACAGCAUGAUGACAGCACUAACAGCUCUGCCAAAAGGCCUGAUGGGAAAUUCAGCAUUAAAAGCCAUCUGAAGGUCCAGGCCUCUGAAUGGGCACCUGGUGACACUUACACUUGCCAUGUCAAGCACAUCACUGGCAUCGUCACUCGCGACAUCUCCAAAAAAGAAUUUACUGAAGAGACGAUAUACUUUGAUGAGAACAAGUCUGAAACUAGCACACUGGAUCAGGCUGAGGAAACCUGGAACAUGGCCUGUGCUUUCAUCAUACUCUUCGUCAUCUCUCUCCUCUAUGGAUGUUCAGUGACUCUGGUCAAAGUGAAGAUUGCUUGA